AUGCUGGCCUGGCAGGGCGGCGGGGCCAAGGCGGCCCCCGCCGACCCCCGGAUCUCCUUCUCGGUGCUGGACAUCCUGGACCCGCAGAAAUUCACCCGCACGGCGCUCCCCGACGCGCGCCCCGCGCCCCGGGAGGCCAAGAAAAGUUUGGCAGAGGCGGAAUCGGGGCCCGACCUCAGCUCGGGGGAGCCGGGCCAGCGGCGGGAGACCCCUGAUGCGGCGGAGCGAGGCGCGGGCGCCGCGUCCCCCCUGGAGGGUUCGGAGGCCGAGGAGGCGGAAGAGGAGGCGGAUGACCCCGAGGACGCGGGGCCGCGGCGGCGGCCGGACCGGGCGUCGCGCGCUCAGGGGGACCCGGCGCGCCCCCUCGAGGCCCGGGCGUUGGCGCCCGCGGCCGGGGAGCGCGGCGGGGCGGGCGGGGCGGCGUCCCCGGCCUCGCCCGGCUCCCCCAGGCCGCGGCGCCGGCGCCCCGAGCCCAGCUGUGCCAAGCCCCGGCGCGCGCGCACCGCCUUCACCUACGAGCAGCUGGUGGCCCUGGAGAACAAAUUCCGGGCCACGCGCUACCUGUCGGUGUGCGAGCGCCUGAACCUGGCGCUGUCGCUCAGCCUCACGGAGACGCAGGUCAAAAUCUGGUUCCAGAACCGCAGGACCAAGUGGAAGAAGCAGAACCCGGGCGCCGACGGCGCGGCGCAGACCGGAGGCGGCGCGCCCCAGCCCGGGACGUCGGGGGCGGCCGCGGCGGGGCCCAGCAACGGCGGUGCGGCGGGCAGCCAGGGGCCCCCGGGGCCCCCGGGGCCGGGCGCGAUCCCCUUCCAGACUUUCCCCUCCUUCUCCGCCACCAACGUCCUCUUCCCGGCCGCCACCUCCUUCCCGCUGGCCGCGGCGGCGGCCGGGGGCCCGUUUGCGCCCUUCCUGGGGCCCUCCUACCUGACCCCUUUCUACGCCCCGCACCUAUGA